AUGGCUGCUCAUGUCAUCGUGCUUGACGCCAGUGCGCGUAGGACACUUAUUAAAGUAACGCCUACGAAGCAUAUGAGUGAUGUCCUCAGCGAAGCUUGCUCCAAGUUCAACAUCAACCCCGCUCAGUACGGUAUAAAGCACCAGAAGAAGACGGUUGAUCUGUCUCUAUCGUUCCGGCUUUCAGGCUUGAGUUCCGGGGCUAAGUUAGAACUUGUACAGCUCUCUAAAUCACCAACCGUCAUAUCUAUUGCCCUCCAACUACCCGAAUCAGAAUCACAGGGGGUUCCCAAUGGCCGACUAAUGGAUAAAUUCCCAAGUAACACCACCCUAUGGCUAGUACUGCGGAAGUUUGAAGCUGGAGUGGCUGGAAGUAUGAGAAAGUUCAACCUGACGGCAAGAGGUGCUCCACAGGUGCAGGAGGGCGAGUCGGGCUCUGGGAGAUUAUUUUACGAAGCUCCAGUGCUUAACAUUAUGGGCAAAGAGCUAUCUUCCUUUACAGAACUACAGAAGACUCUUAGUCAACUUGGACUGAAUAACGGAAGCGCCUUGGUAAGGCUAAGCUUCCGAAGGACUGACCAAGCUCUAGAAGAGGCCAUGCUUGAAAUUGAUGCUUAUUUCAAAUCUGUGGAUGGUGACCAAAAUAUGGCCGAGUCCAGUGGAACGCUGCCUUCGGCUGUUGAUACUCCAACAACGGAAACAUCGACAUCUGCAGAAGCGUUAGGGACGGGUCAGAGUGUGGCUGUUCAGUCCAACAUGGGCGUGGACGCGGAAAUGGCAAAUGAACAAACAUCUCAGGAUGGGAUCCCAGAAGAACAAGUGCAAAAGCAACAGAUACAGGAGACCGAGGAUCAAUCAAACCCUAAGUCGAUAACCAUAUCUUCAAGACCAGUGACUGUGUUUGCGCCUCCAUCCAAUUCGACCCCUCAUUCCGCCCAAACGCCGUAUAAUGAGAAAGAUUACGUACCUACCGUCGAACAUGCUCAAUCCCACCAAAAGAGACUGAACGCAGCCGGCCGCCCUAAUCGUUUAGCGGGUGAUGUGGAGCUUGCCGCUCAGGAGGCUGUAGCGCAAGAAAAGCUGUCAAAGGUAAACGAGAUUGAGGUUAAAAUCCGCUUCCCAGACCAAAGCCAGGCAGUCUCCAAAUUCACAAAGGAGGAUACGGCACAGUCCCUGUACGCGUUUGCAAGGAGCUGCCUGGAUGCCCCUCUGGUGGAUCAAAAAUUUUCCCUUUUCUACUUCCCUGCUGUUACAAUCGGUGCUUCGCAUGUGCAGGUCCAGCUCCCAGAGAGCGAAGACAAAACCCUCAUUCGCGGGCUCAAGAUGAGUGGAAGAGUGUUGGUUAACUUUGUUUGGGAACAAAAUGCAGCUCUCUCUGCGCGUAGUGCGGGUGGAUCUGUUCUCAGACCUGAAUUGCGGCAGGCAGCCGGGAAGCUACAGGUAAAUGAUAUAACCGAAGACGACGACAAGGUAGAGGACAAGUCUCAUGUCAAAAAGAUGCAGCCCAGCUCCUCUGACGCGUCGAAGAAAAAAGGCGGAAUCCCAAAAUGGCUGAAAUUACCCGGCAAGAAAUAG